GUGUGUGUGUGUCAGUCCACCUUAAAUCGCUGCUCUCGGCACCACGUGACUGUAUUCCUGGAAAGUUCCUGGAAAUGCUUCUUUUGUGUUUAUGGUGAUAUUGUCGUUAUUCGGCGGCUCCCUGGACUCUCUGUGUCCGCAGCACAGUGACGGACGGACCAACACCAUGUUCGGGUCGCACACGCGGUUCUGCUUGUUCUCCGGGUCUCGGGACUAAAUCCGUGUUUUAUUGUUCGGGGUUCUGACCGGAGCGCUAAUCUGUCCCGACCGACACAUUGACGUGUGAGCGGAGUGUCGCCGUGUGUGAGCCGCCAUUAGCGAGCAGGAGAGGACAUUUAAUACAAGUGAUGGUUCCGGAGCGGACUGGUGCCGCGGACAGGUCCGGUUCUUCUACACGGACCGUCAACUGGCACCGCUGCUUCUGAGCUAACGUUUGACUAGCUAGCAGCUAGCUGUGCAGCAUCUCAGGUCAGUUCGGACCGGUUCAGACCCAGUCGGGGUCCUGCUCCCUCUUGUCUGGCUGCUGCAGACCUCGUCCCAUGUCUGAGCUGUGGGCCUAACUGUAGGCUGAAGGUUGGAUCUGUCCAAUGACCUGCCAGUCCUCCGAGUCCACAGACAGAAUCGAGAGCGACAGGCGAGGCGACAACAACUCCAGGACUGUGGAAUCAGACGAGAGCCGCAUCGCCUUAGCUAUGAAGGACCUGAAGAACACAGGCUGGUACUGGGGCAGUCUGACUGCUAACGAGGCCAAAGAGAUCCUCCAGGACGCCUCGGAGGGCACCUUCCUGGUGCGGGACAGCUCUCAGAGAGAUUACCUGUUCACCAUAUCCGCCAUGACGUCAGCGGGUCCGACCAACCUGCGAAUCGAGUACAAACACGGUAAAUUCAAGUUGGACUCGGUGGUUCUGGUGAAGCCGAAGCUGAAGCAGUUUGACAGCGUGGUCCACCUGGUGGAGCACUACGUCCAGCUGUCCAGAACCAGCGACAAGGCGCCGUCGAACUCUCAGCCCUCUGCGACGCCGCCCAACGGCACGGUGCAGCUGCUGCUCACCAAACCCGUGUACACGGCCACGCCGGCGCUGCAGCACCUCUGUCGCAUCGCCAUCAACAGGACGACGCGGCAGGUCCAGGAUCUGCCGCUCCCCAACAGACUGAAGGACUACCUGACGGACUACACCUACAACGUGUAGACGCGGAGCAGGACGCGGAGCAUCCACUGUGUGCAACACAUAUCUGACCACUGGCCAAUCCCAUCAUGCCUUGCUUCCCGUAAGGACCCGGGAAAACAAACGGACAGGCAAUAAUGAGGGGGAGGAGUCAACCACAGGAGGAGGUCCGCUACACUCGACGUACUUCGCUGCAGUAAGUACUUUACAGCCAGAACUGCUGAAGCUCUGACCAGCUAAAAGACACGAAGUAGAGUGCAAACCUCCGCCAAGGCCCGACAGAACCCUUUGGUACUCACCCAUAGAUACCAGCCACCUGAAUACGGUGUGACAGACAGACAGAUUCGGGUCAAAACCUCCUUGGCAGAGGACUUAAUAAGUUACAUAUGUAACCACAGAUCUCUGAGUCACUGAUGAAUGAUGAGUUCAAGAACAGAAUUCACACUUGAUUUAUAUUGUUGGUGAAUCAUUUAGUCUAGAAGUUGUCAGGAAAAACUGCAAACACCUAUAAAAUAUUCAAAUUAAAGUUAAAUAUAAAAACAGACAAAUAUGCGAUUAUAGAAGAGAAUCGUGAUUGAUGAUUAAUUCACCGACUGACCAGCGUCACACUCUGAACCUUCAGUGUGGAAGACGAGAAUGUAACCUGGAUUUGUACCUGAUCAUUCGUUUCCUGUCUGAUGUUUGACGUCGAGUCCACGACCGUUAAUGUGUGAGCGCUCUGACGGGACGCGAGCGUGAUGAUGAUUGGACAGAGUCACAGGAAGGAUCUGCUUCAUCAGCACUGACUGGAGGUUUGUUGUUGUUCCCUCAUGUUGUGUUCAUCAGGUGAGUCGAAUCUUUGAGCUCAGGUGACGACGUUUUAUUACGUCGCAGCCGCAAAGUGUCGGAAGUCAACGCAGCACAAACAUUUGAGUAAAUAAUCAUUUGAUUAGUUGUUAAAAACAGAGAGCUGCCUAAUGGUUAAUCACAGACAUUAUUGAUCCAUCAAGACUUUAAUAUCCAGGAGACCGAAAAACUGUAAACUGAGAAAAGUUGAAGGUGCUCAAAAGCAACUAAAGCAAUUUAUUUAUUUAUAUAUUUAUUGUUUUGUUCAAUCAGAAGUCCAGAAUAAUGUUGAAUUCAUCAUCAGAAGACAAAACAACCUUGUUUAUUUUGUAUUGAUCGACUCAAAAAGCAAAUGAAAUACUUUGAUCAUUGGAACGUCGCUGGAUCGAUGGCGGACAUGUUUGAUAAACGUGAGUCAGGUGAACUUCAUUACACUUUAUUCACCGAUUACAAACAGAAACUAGAAUCAACAUUUCCUCCAGUCAGAGUUUGUUGUUUCUACCCUCAAACUCAGGAAACGGAGCCCUCUGAUUGGCUGCCGUGGUUGGACGACCAUGAGUUCACUUGCGUCCAAACGUUUGUGAGGCAGCGGGACGAGGUUUCCUGAUCGAUGAGCUGCGUAGAAACAAACACGUCCUCGUGUUGUUUUCAGAUGAACUCACGUCAGAGUCGCAGUUUGACCCCUCCGGGCUCCCGUUAGACUCUGUCCCCGCUGGAUGUAGUACUCUGAAGCUCUGAGCCAAUCAGAUCACAUAAAAACAAAGACACAGUGUCACACUGGACCUGUCGGUCCUGCUCUGAGGACCCGGGAGAGAUCACAUCGUGUUCACUUUGUUUGGACCUGAUGUGAACACAGAACUCUCAUUCCGACGAUCAGACGGCAUCAGAACCAGCCGAACCAUGAAAGGAACAGUUCACCCAAAACUAAAACAGAGGUCUCCAAACAGCUGUGAUCCCAGACUGCAGGAGAGAACCAGUAUUAAUAAUUAACAAUAAUAAUAAUAAUAAUAAUAAUAAUAAUAAUAAUAAUAAUAAUAAUAAUACAGCAGAAACUGGUGGAUUGAUUUUUUUGACAUCUGAUGACACCUUUAAGCAGUUUUUGGACCUCGGUACCAACAAAGUGUGAAUUCUGCUAAUUAAGUUCGAAUUCAGCUGAUUGAAGUUCAGAAACCACAUUGUUAAGGUUUCAUAAAACAUGUCUGCUUUCAGUGUUGAAAUUGGUUUUGUCUUGUUGUGUGGGGAACAUUUAACCAAACUCCAUUAAAGAAUCCUUCAUUUUAAGGAUUCUUAGACCUAUAAACAGUUUUUGUUCUUUAAUCAAGGUGAAGUUUUUACGUACACCUUCUCAUGAACACGACUUUAUCUGGGUGUGGACAGACUCCUUUCUGUGACUCUGAACAUGUGAUCCUUAAUAAAAACCACCUGCAGCGUCACUCGUCCAGGUGUUUGAGGGGGCGGGCUCUUUGGUUCUUUAACAGUAGGUCACUCAGGUAAAUGGGAGUCAGUUUGGAUGUGACUGACUCGGCCUGAUGUUUCCAUUAAUAUCUGUCUUAAUGUUCCUCUUUAUAUCUUUAUUUUUGUACGGAGGGUGAAUGAUGGAAGAGAAGAGUCGCUUCUUUUCUUCUUCAGCUGCGAUGUCACGCUGAUCAAUGACCUCCAGACUCUAACAGCCUUUGAAUGAAACGUCUUUAUUACUGGACAUAAAGCACCAGGAGCAGGACCAUCGCUGCACAUCUCUGUACAUAUCACAGCUGUGGGCGGCUGAGCCCUGCAGUGCUCGGCCUCUUUUGAUUUUGAAAAUAUUUAUUGAUUGUGUCACACUGUUUUCUGGUACAUUUUUGUAAAGAAGCUGCACAGACUGAAAGCAUGUGUUGUUCUGAUGCGAGCUGUGCUGCAGCUCUGCCUCUGUAACGUUGAUCAGCUCCAGACAUGAAAUGAAUAAAGUUUUUAUAUGGUGCUUCAUCA